UUGUUUACAUCAGAAUUUACAGAUGAUGAUGCUGAUGAUGAUGCUGAUGAUGAUGAACGCGAAUCAUUAUUCACUUUAGCGCCUGUAGAUCAUGAUGAAUAUGGAGAAUCUCUAACUUUCGAUCACUUAAAAUCUAUUUCUGCAAAGUCUUCCGAUUCUCAAAAGAACAAGUCAUCCGUUGAUUAUUCUCAGUUUUUCAUGGAAUAUGAUCAUGGAACUCCAUCCGUAAUUUCAUCAACAAGAUGCCAGAAUCUAGACUUUACUGACUUGUUGAAAAAAGCUGUUAAGAAAAUAAAAUCACCGACAGUUUUUAUAAAAAUCGCUUAUCCUACAAUGAUUCUUCCUACGGAUUUAUGCUCAUUUUUACAACCAAUGGCGAAAAUUGAUACAAAGCGGGAUGCAAAAUUUUUAAUGUUUUUUGUAAAUUUUGAUUUAAUGUGCUUUUCUUCCAGGGAUUUAUUGUCAAAAGAAAUGGCUUAUUUGCAAGAGCAGUCUACUUUUAAUGCUCGCGUUGUUUAUGAUUUAGAUAGCUUGGUUUGUUCUGGAGAUCAGUUGCCAGAAUCUCUAAAAGUACUCGAUAAUGAUGAUCAUAACCGAGUUGGAAUAAUGGUUUCCGAGGAUCACUUAUUAUUUGAAAGUCGAUUUGAGGGUGCUAAUUUGAGACGAGCUAUCCAGAUAAGUAAAUGGCAUUAUCAGUUGAUACUAUCACCAGACAUCAAUCAGAUAAAGCCUCACUAUCAGUGGUUUUAUUUUGAAGUAUCGAAUAAUGAAGCACACGUUGAUUAUAUGUUUGAAAUUGUAAACUGUUUCAAGAAGAUCUCCAUGUUUAAUAAUGGCAUGCAGCCAGUACUAUUCUCGGUAACAGAGGCUUGCCGUGGAAAUCCUGGUUGGAUACGUUCGGGUUCGGAAAUCUGUUAUUGUCGCAAUACAUUUGUUAAUAGCUUUGCUGAGAAGGGGAAAGAUCCGACUGUUCCAAAAAAUUACUUCUCUCUGCGUUUCACCAUCAAAUUCAUACAUCGUGCUGACGUUUGCUAUAUUGCAUAUCAUUUCCCAUAUACAUAUUCCAUGCUUCGGGCUACUUUAGAAUGGUAUUUAGCAAAAAUUAAUGAAAAACGGCUAUAUAUUCGUUAUGAUGAGCUUUGUACUUCAUUGGCUGGAAAUAGUGUAUUUCUUGUUACUGUGACUGCAAGUGGUAGCAAGGAGCAAUUAGCUAAUCGUGAGCUUAUACUGAUAUCUGCUAGAGUCCAUCCUGGUGAAAACAAUUCUAGUUGGAUUAUGCACGGUAUAAUGAAUUUCUUGGUGAGCGAUAAGAGAGAAGCUGUUGAACUUCGUGAUCAGUUUGUAUUCAAAUUGAUUCCGAUGCUGAAUGUUGAUGGUGUAGUAAAUGGAUCGCAUCGCUGCAGUCUAGCUGGUAUAGAUUUAAAUCGUACUUGGAAUCAGCCUUCACCAGUGUUGCAUCCUCCAAUUUAUCACAGCAAAGCCAUUGUGGAAUAUAUGGUUAAUGUAUUGCAAAAAAAACCUUUUUUAUAUGUCGAUUUACAUGGUCAUUCCAAGCGUUUCAAUGUGUUUCUUUAUGGUAACAAUCCUGAGGAAUCUUGGUGUAUCGAAGAUCAUUCACUCCCAGGAAAAUCUGAUUUUAUGUCACUCCCGAGACUUUUGAAAAAUGUAGCCUGUCGGUUUAACAUAACUAAAACCAAAGAAUCGUCAUCCCGUGUAGCACUUUGGCGAGAAUAUGGUAUCACUCGAUCGUACACAAUGGAAUCUACGUACUGCGGCUUCGAUGCCGGUCCUUUGAAAGGAUAUCAGAUAAAUAUCUUGCAUAUGUUGGAAAUGGGAGCAAUUUUGUGUGAGGCCUGUCGGCAUCUGCAGCAUCAUAUGCCAGUACAAGAUGAUGAAGAAUCCGAGUAA